AUAAAAACCAGCCAAAAUGCGGAAAGCCAAAAAGCGCCUGGGAUCCGUUUUCGACCGAGCGAGCGAGCCAGAAACGAAACUCUGCUACUCUGCUGCUCUGCUGCUUGGCCGGCGCUGCUAAUCGAAGCUCUGCGGUGGGCCCCGUGGAGGUGCUGACGUGGCAGCGGCGGAUGCGGUGGCGGCGAUGAGAAGGCGAUCUAGGAGGUCCUUGAAGUAAGACCCAAGUCGGAGAACACACGGUCGGCGUCUGAGAGUUUGGCCGUGGUUCUCCGAUUUGCGAUCCGGGAACGUUCUAGAACUUCUCCUCUGCCUGCCUUCGGUUUCUGGGUCAUCGUGAAAUAGCUGCGAGCUUUCGAGCUGGUUCAACAGAUGUCGUUCAAAGGCAUUGUUCGCGAGCUGAGGGAGAUGAAAGAUGGAAUUGGGAGCAUGUCAAAGCGAGUGGGUGACCGGAAGCAUUGGCAUAGUAGGACGAUGUCACAUAUUGCUCCUGAUCUGGCACCAAACCCUCCAUCUGAUUUGAUUCAACAGGGUCAGUGGGCAAAUUUACCUCCGGAAUUGCUUUUGGACAUAAUUCAGAGGGUAGAAGAAAGUGAAACCACAUGGCCUGCUCGAGCUGUUGUUGUUUCUUGUGCUUCAGUUUGUAAGUCAUGGAGGGCAAUUGUGAGGGAGAUUGUCAAAACUCCUGAGCAAUGCGGAAGGCUCACAUUUCCAAUCUCAUUGAAGCAGCCUGGGCCUCGCCAGUCUCCAAUACAAUGCUUCAUUAGAAGGGAUAGAGAAACUUCCACAUUUUAUCUGCACUACGGUCUGGUGCCUUCUGAGGGUGAGAAAGAUAAAUUAUUGUUAGCGGCCAAAAGGAUUAGAAGGGCAACAAGCACAGAGUUCAUUAUAUCUUUGGUUGCAGAUGAUUUUUCUCGAGCCAGCAGUACUUAUGUUGGUAAAUUGAGAUCCAACUUUUUGGGUACCAAGUUCACCGUAUAUGACAGCCAGCCUCCAUGUGAUGCAGUACCUCAAACAAAUAGUCGAUCAUCUCGAAGGUUCCAUUCUAAGCAGGUAUCUCCAAGAGUACCAGCAUGUAACUACAGUGUUGGAACCGUUUGUUAUGAGCUCAAUAUUCUCCGCACAAGGGGCCCAAGGAGAAUGCACUGUGCCAUGCCCUCUAUUCCUGUCUCUUCUAUUCAGGAGGGGGGCACCGCCCCAACACCAACUUUGUUCUCACAAGCAUAUGAUGAGCACUUUGCUCCCUCACCCUGUUCAACAGUAAAGGAGCUAGUCACUGGUUACAGCUCUAUAAACCUCUCUGAGCCACAUGUCCAGGGUGCAGAACCGCUGGUUUUGAAAAAUAAGUCCCCUAGGUGGCAUGAGCAGUUACAGUGCUGGUGCCUUAAUUUUAGAGGGCGUGUUACGGUGGCUUCUGUAAAAAAUUUCCAGCUUGUUGCAGCUGUUGAUCCAUCCCACAAUGUUUCAGCUGAAGAACAAGAGAGGGUAAUCCUACAGUUUGGAAAGAUUGGAAAAGACAUCUUCACCGUGGAUUAUCGCUAUCCCCUGUCCUCUUUCCAGGCAUUUGCAAUCUGCUUAAGCAGCUUCGACACCAAGCCAGCUUGUGAAUGACACUUGCGUGUAGAACAUGAUCGUCAUUUCCUGAAUUUUGUCAUUUAAUUCUGAACCAUAUGCAUGUUCUACCAAGAAGUUUGUAAUGCUCGAUCACAUAUUGCUGAAAUUCACAGCUAUUUCAAUCAAUUGACUUUUUAUCUGAAAGCUGCCAAUCCCAAAUUUGACUUGUAAGCUGUUUUAUGUGGAGCAAAAUGAACCCUAUCUAUAUAGGGUUGUUCUA